AUGUUGCUUCCAUCGCCUCUACCCUGCGACUCCUCCUCCUCUUCAUCACCCAGACUCAACAACCUCUACUCGACAUGUCGCUCCCUCCAGUCAAUUCUAGCUCCCAGUCCAUUCCCGACUCCACUACCCUCUCCACCAACAAGUCACACCGAUAUACCUACACCUCUCUCCCCCUCCCCCUUCAAAUUGCGCCUGCGCGCGCGCAAACCCGACACCAACGACAUAGCGUCACCAGCACUCACGCCGAGGAAGAAGAUCACAAAGCGCGGCAAUGCGCAAGUGAAGGCGGCGCCCCCAAGGGGAAUAAAUAAGAGGCGGAGAGAAGUGGACGACGAUAUGGAUCGGGCCUCCAUGCUACGCCAAACCCCAGAGCAGGAAGAGCCGACAGACGAACAAAGUAACGACGAGUGGGAGGAGCCCAACAAUGAGAAUGAAGACGAAGGAAGUGGCCCACGAACACCAAAACGCAUGCGCCUCGCACCCGAAGUCCUGCCCCUCGGCCUCGAGCGCCAGGACUUCCACACCCUUCACCUACUAGAGCAACUGCGCGACACCGACGAGGUGCCAGAAAAUGAAAACCCUGAGGAAGCAAACGAGGAGUGGUCUACGGAGGAAGAUCGUAUGCUCGUUGAACUGGUGCUGGAAAAGCUAAAGCUUACUAAGAGCGAUUGGCAAGAUUGCGCGAGAAGUCUAGGGAAAGAUAGGGGGAACGUGGGGAGGCGGUGGAAGAGCCUUAUGGGCGCCGGAGAGAUUGGCUUGAAGCAUCGGCCCAUGAGGAGAGCGAAGCUCCAUGGGACUUGGCGGUGA